AUGGUGCUCCGCAAACCUCCCCCGCCGCGUCUCGAGAAUCUCCAUAAGUGGCAUGCUCGUACAGAGUCCCGUUCUCCCACCUCCCCUUCGUCGCAUUCGUCGUCUUCACAACGCCGGACCCGUCCGCAUCGUGUCCCUUCCCAGGAGUCCGUGUAUUCCCCGGACCUCAACACCUCACCGGCCUUCGACCUCAUGCCGCUCGAACAAGCCCAGCGAUCGCCGGUAGGCUCACCAACCAGUCACCCGCCGAGUUCAUGGAGUGAUGGUUUGGCUGAUCGACCGGCCACUGGCGACGGGGCGUAUCCAGCGGGGUCGGAACCAAAAGGACACGGGCUCCCGGGUCUCGUUCCGGGCCCACCAGAAUCUGCGACCGGGUAUGGAUGGCAGCCUGUCUCUCGGGAUCGCAGCUCAACGACCGGGGAGGUCCCAGUGCAGCUUCAAUCGAACAACCCGUUCUUGAAGCCGAGGCCCAUGGAUUCGCAGCCGGACUCCGCAGACCCGCUCGAAUGGACGGAUCGCCAUUCACAUGCCACCACCAACAGCGAUCCACUGAGCCAGGCGGGAGGAUACAUCCCUAUGACGGCGCGACUAUCUCUGCUCGACUCCUCCGAGCACGAGUCUCCGUGGACGGAACAUGAGUUGUCCCAACGGGAAUGCCAACGAUCUAUCGCAAACCCUCAACCCUACGAUCCUUCCCCAUGGACAGGCCACGACAACUUCCGAAGAGAGUCUCAGCAAUUUGCCGCAAUUCCUCAGUCAUCCGACCCUUCGCCAUGGGGGUCACAGCAUUCGAUCAAGAUCUCCGCCCCUCAGGAGAUUUAUCUACAAGGUGGACAGUCAAACCCAUAUGCACCAGCUCCGGCGGUGGUCGUUCAACCCUCGGAUACCACACAGCCAGGCUCUUUUGAUCCACAGCCGCCGUUUGACCAUGAUAGGCUAGCAUCGGAUGCAGGGGUUAGGACCCCCUCCGCUUUCUCCAGCGCAACUUCAGCCACUUCACAUGAGCUGAUUGAUGUGGAUGUACCCGAUAGUCUCGCCGCAGGAUCGGAGUCUCACCGGGCAACUUCGUCGGUGUAUUCCUCAGAGGGAGCUGAUAAAGCAGUUUCUAAUCUACAAUCUCCGUCUCUCGUGUCAUCAAAUGUUCAGCUGUCAGCAAGCGGCCUGCAGAAUUCUACACAACUUGCCCCUGCUCGUAAGCUUUCUCCAGCCGAGGAAGCCAAACAGCAGAAGCAGAGACGCGAAACAUACUCCAUUCGGCAAAUCAAUCGAACGGAUCGUCAUGGUAAUCUUGUUCAAUCGCCCGUCCUGGUUCAAAAUGAGAACGGGCCUUGUCCGUUACUUGCUCUCAUCAAUGCUCUUGUAUUGCGUGCUGAUCCCAAAAUCCAACCACCCAUCGUCAAAGCCCUACGAACCCGUGAGCAAAUCUCACUGGGUCUGUUGAUCGAGGCACUUUUCGACGAAUUGACUACAGGCUUAAGGCCUGACCAAGACUUUCCUGAUAUUGAGGCACUGACUCAGUUCCUCACCAUGCUACAUACCGGACUGAAUGUGAAUCCUCGCCUCACGCUGGAAACGGAGGAUUCACUAGGUACAUUUCUUCAAACCCCAGACCUUCAGCUCUACAGUACAUUUGGUAUCCCCCUUAUACAUGGAUGGGUUACAUCUUGGUCUGACCCGGCGCACGAUGCCAUGGUUCGGGUUGGCCAAUACCACGAAGACAUACAAUUACUGCAUUUCAAUAAACAGGAACUAGAGGACCGUGUCAUGCGCGGACAGUCUCUAUCACCGGACGAAGAGCAGAAAAUGGCAGACAUCCAGGUCAUUCAGCAUUUUGUGGAGAUCGAAAAUGCAACGCAGUUGAGUCCAUUCGGCUUGACGCAGCUGACGACACGGUUGGCACCUGGAUCAAUCUCGAUUUUAUUCCGCAAUGAUCAUUUCUCUACACUAUAUAAGCAUCCCGAGUCACACAAGCUCUUUACCCUAGUCACCGAUGCUGGUUACUCAAGCCAUGCCGAGGUUGUGUGGGAAUCACUCGUUGAUGUGACCGGGUUUAAUGCGGAAUUUCUCGCAGGCGACUUCCGUGCAGUUGGUCACGGUCCAUCGGGAUCCUCUGGGCCGGCUGCGCCAGCUGGACCGCAUAAUUCAAGCCUCACACCAAACAACCCUACCCCAGCAGAGGAAGGAUCCCAUUCUCCGCUCUCAACCCAAGAGCAAAGCGACGCCGACUACGCAUACGCACUUUCUCUGCAGUUUCAAGAAGAAGAGCAACGCGAACAACAGGGAAAUCAACCAGAGCGAGACCAGCAAGAGGAACAUCAGCCAGAGCGUGGUCCUCGUCCAUCUGGCCUAACCCGUCCGCUGGGUUCUACUCGAUUAUCAAACAGCUCGUCUCGCAUGUCGUCUCCUCGCAUCAGUGGGCCAAACAGAACCUCGAGCAUCGCUACUGGGCUGAGGCACCCACACAGCGAGUCUGAUCCCGAUGACCCCAAUGCUCCUCCUCCCCCUUAUGAGCAAGCUGCUAGUGGCCCGCGAUACUCGCCACCUGAGCGACGAAAUCGAUACAGUGAUUUUCCUGUCGAUGCCAAUGGCUCAUAUUCCCCAAGAUAUCCCCAGAACCGAUAUUCAAAUCGACCUGUCCACGAUCGAUAUAGUGCAGACCGGGUUCGGAGCAAGGACUGUAUCGUGAUGUGA